GACGAGGCUGCAUGUAAGACCGAUGUUAAAAUCGAUAAGCAGCCGGCUGUCGGUGCUGUUGCCCAGACCAGUGACGGAGAGACCGGACAUGUGGCUUGGGUGACAAAGGCUUCUGGUAAUCAGGUUACUGUUGAGGAGUACAAUUGGGACGUUGAUGAGGGGUAUGCCACACGCAGCGUGUCAAAUUCAGAGUUUGAAUAUUACAUCCAUCUCAAAUAAUCAGUGAAUUAUCAUUUGUUUUUAAAAACAAGCCACGCGCUACUUUAUAAAAUGACCCAUUAAUUGAAUCUGCGAGGCUGUAUUUGCAAUUUUAAAG